AUGCUGACCCGCCUGUUCAGCGAGCCCGGUCUCCUCUCGGACGUGCCCAAGUUCGCCAGCUGGGGCGACGGCGACGACGACGAGCCGAGGAGCGACAAGGGCGACGCGCCGCCGCCGCCGCCGCCGCCGCCGGGGCCCGGGGCUCCGGGGCCCGCCCGGGCCGCCAAGCCAGUACCUCUCCGUGCAGACGAGGUGCCGGAGGCCGCGCUGGCCGAGGUCAAGGAGGAAGGCGAGCUGGGGGGCGAGGAGGAGGAGGAAGAGGAAGAGGAGGAAGGGCUGGACGAGGCAGAGGGCGAGCGGCCCAAGAAGCGCGGGCCGAAGAAGCGCAAGAUGACCAAGGCGCGCCUGGAGCGCUCCAAGCUGCGGCGGCAGAAGGCGAACGCGCGGGAGCGCAACCGCAUGCACGACCUGAACGCGGCGCUGGACAACCUGCGGAAGGUGGUGCCCUGCUACUCCAAGACACAGAAGCUGUCCAAGAUCGAGACGCUGCGCCUAGCCAAGAACUACAUCUGGGCGCUUUCGGAGAUCCUGCGCUCCGGCAAGCGGCCCGACCUGGUGUCCUACGUGCAGACGCUGUGCAAGGGUCUGUCGCAGCCCACCACCAACCUGGUGGCCGGCUGCCUGCAGCUCAACUCGCGCAACUUCCUCACAGAGCAGGGCGCCGACGGCACGGGCCGCUUCCACGGUUCGGGCGGCCCGUUCGCCAUGCACCCCUACCCGUACCCGUGCUCGCGCCUGGCGGGCGCGCAGUGCCAGGCGGCGGGCGGCCUGGGCGGCGGCGCGGCGCACGCCCUGCGGACCCACGGCUACUGCGCCGCCUACGAGACGCUGUAUGCGGCGGCGGGCGGCGGCGGCGCGAGCCCGGACUACAACAGCUCCGAGUACGAGGGCCCGCUCAGCCCCCCACUCUGUCUCAAUGGCAACUUCUCCCUCAAGCAGGACUCGUCCCCCGACCACGAGAAGAGCUACCACUACUCUAUGCACUACUCGGCGCUGCCCGGCUCGCGGCCCACGGGUCACGGGCUGGUCUUCGGCUCGUCGGCUGUGCGCGGGGGCGUCCACUCGGAGAAUCUCUUGUCUUACGAUAUGCACCUUCACCACGACCGGGGCCCCAUGUACGAGGAGCUCAACGCGUUUUUCCAUAACUGA